AUGGAAGGAAAAUUAUGUAAUAACACGUCUGAAAAGACUGAUGUUGUUUGUGAUUUAAAGGAAGAGGAAGGAGAAUCAUCGUACCAGUGUGAUGUCUGUGAUGAAGCAUUCUCUGAAAGAGAUAGCUUGACUAGGCACGAAUGUAUUCAUGCAGGAGAUAAGCCAUAUUCCUGUGAUAUUUGUGGAAAAUCAUUCCGUCGAAAUGAACACCUAACAAAACACAAACACACGCACACAGGAGAUAAAGACUAUCACUGUGAUAUCUGUGGCAAAUCAUUCUCUCUUAGAGGAGAUAAGCCGUACUGCUGUGAUGUCUGUGGAAAAUCAUUUUCACAGUCUGUUCAUUUAACUAAACACAGACGUAUGCAUACAGGAGAGAAGCCAUAUCACUGUGACAUCUGUGGUACAUCAUUCUCUGUAAGCGGUAACUUGACUAAACACAAACGUACACAUACGGGGGAGAAGCCAUUCCGUUGUGACAUCUGUGGUAAAUCAUUUACUCAGUAUACUGUUUUAGCGAAACACAAACGCAUUCAUACAGAACAGUUUAUACCUAUGUGCUCUGCCUGUGAGGACUUUGGCUGA